GUUUAAGAAGAGAGCUAGUGUCGAAAGACCACAGACCCCGCAGGCGCAGCCCCCGCAGACAAUCAGUGAUUUUGUAGGUUAGAAAACCAAAGAUUGUAAACGUAAACACUAAAAAAUGGCAUCUCCUUUGGAAGAUUUAGAGCUAAAAUUAGAAUUAUUUAUUGAAAAUAUGAGAUUAACUCGAAUAGUUGUAAGUGAUUUUCAACCACAGGGUCAAAAUGUACUAAACCAAAAAAUACAGGGAAUCGUUACCGGCUUACAAGAAAUCGACAAACUAAAAUCUCAAGUUAAAGAUGUCCAUGUUCCUUUAGAAGUCUUUGACUACAUCGAUCAAGGUAAAAAUCCACAACUUUAUACAAAAGAUUGCAUUGAGCGGGCACUAGCAAAGAAUGAAGAAGUCAAAGGUAAAAUUGACGGCUAUAGGAAAUUGAAGGCGAAUUUACUUGUAGAAUUCAAUCGAGUUCUUCCUAAUGAAUUGGCAAAAUAUCGAGCAAUUCGCGGCGAUGAAUAAAUUAAGUACUUUAGAUUUUUUUAUGUUUAAACAAAUAUUAUUAAUUAUUUGCUAUUUGUUAGUAAAAAUUCAGCAAUAAUAUAUCAUAAUAAUUUUUUUUAAUUUUGCUUUUUUUAAUUCAAUUAUGUUAAGUCAACUUUCUAAAUAUACUGUUUAAAUUAAUAAAUAUCUUUGAAUAAUUUUUUUAAAAUAAAAAAGUGUCUACUUGA